AAACUUUAAAGAGACCUUAGCAGUAUAUAUAGAGUAAAGUGUCCGGAAUAAAAUGGCAUAAGCUUCCAAAAGUUUGAUUUAGUAUUAACGGAGAACCAUACAGAUCCAUUAGGUCAAGUUAAUGAAACAACGAAGAAAAUUGUUGCCCAACGUUUAUUAGAACAUUUUCAACCAUAUAUCAAUGAAAUUAAUACAAAAACAGAUUAUGCGACAAUUCGAAAUCGUAUACAAAUGGCAUAUCCAAAUCUCAAAGAUAAGCAUGCAUUUGAAGUCACCUAUACAUUAUCCGAACGAUUAAGACAACGUCGAAAUCGACAGGCUAAAGUUUCUUCUAGCAACAAUAGUAAUGAUAAUAAAAAUAUGGUUUUAACUGUUGAACCACUUCAAACUUUAACUGUUUUAGCAUAA